AUGCAUUGCUUAGUGCGUUUAUAUAGCGUCGAGAGAAAGCCGCAGUCAAAAAAACCGCUUCGAGGUCUGACGCUCUCCUUUUUGUGCAUUGCUUUUGUCGCAGCGCUGGUGGCUCCCGCUGCUUUUGCUGCCGCUGCCAGCGGCAGGUCCCUUCACCAUCGUGCUGUUCGUCGUCGCCUACGCCAUCACAACCAAACCUUGGUGAGUGGAUCUGCUCAAUGAUGUGGUGCUGAGUGAUACGCGUAGCUCAUGAUGAUCCCAUGCCGAUCUAGCUUCUACUGUGCAUUACUUCUGACUGUGUUAUUAGCAAGCACAUGUAGUUGGUACAUGCCAGCUGAAGAGCCUCGACCACCGCCACGCACAGUCUGUUCAGCACCGUGGACGCCUUUCGAGACUCUGAUCGGUGCACCAGCCUACAUGUGCAGAGCUCGACGACCAGCCAAGCCAUCAACCUGCUGGCUUCCCACCAAUCGUCUGUUUGCCUCGCCGCUCCAAUCCAAGACCUCCAGACUGGUCCCUCCCGUCUCGGAACGAAUCGCCAGUGCCUUCAAUGUCAAGUCGCAGCACGCCAAUAGCGGCGACUCGUCUCUGAACCACUCAUCUCCCGAGUCAACCUCGGCAAAGACGGCUUCACUUGCCUACCGUCUGGCUCAGAGGCGUAGGUUGUGGUUCGGAGUCGGCGAUCGUUCCCGAGGACUUGGCUAUGACCUCAUCUUCGGUUGGCUACCUCCUCCCAAGCAAUGA